UUGAGUUCACGUGUAUGAGUGCCAGGGGGCAGGUUUCUUAUCUGUAAGCUUUAUCUUCUUAAGUGGAGCUAUAAGAUCUAGUGUAUUACGAAGGGAUUUUUCCAUGUUUGCAGUUGCCUGUUCAAGAGGGGGCCGGUUUACUUGGUGUUAUAGGGAGUGCAGGGAAUUCUUCGUUUAUUUCUUAUAUCAUGGAGGACAUAUUAGUUAGCGAUCUCUGCACGCCAGUUUUCAUCGUUGACCUACAGAAGGUGAAGCAAAACGCCCAGGCGAUGCUGGAGCGUUUUCAGCAGAUGGGAGUUCAACUCCGACCUCACAUGAAAACUCAUAAAACUAUUGAGUGUGGUGAGAUCAUGACUGGAGGCUCGCGUCGUUGCAUCGCUGUAUCUACUUUGGCCGAAGCUGCCUUUUAUGCAGAGCAUGGCUUUGACGACAUCCUCUAUGCGUACCCUCUGCCCCUCGACAAGGUGGAACGCUGUGCGCAGCUUUCAGAGGAGCUGGUGCUUUUCCAUGUUCUCAUAGACAGCCAUGUAGCUUUGCAGCAACUGCGAACACGCCCACUCAAGGGUGGUAAAGUGUGGAGGGUUUGGCUGAAACUGGAUUGUGACAAUGGGAGGGCUGGAGUUCCACAUUCAGAACCGGCAGCUUUGCUCUUGGCCCAGGACAUCUUCCGAAGUGAAGGAGUAGAGCUGACUGGAAUUUAUGUGCACUGUGGAAACACCUACAGCUGCUCAGGGGAGGAGCACAUCAAAGCCAGUGCCCAGAAAACUACCACAUUUAUUCUGCACUUCAUGGAGAAGAUGAAGGCAGCUGGAAUGGAUGGCCCCAAGUCCAGCAUUGGCUCCACUCCCUCCUGCAGCCACCCAGUGCAGGACAUGGCUCAGCUCAGUGAGGUGCAUCCUGGGAACUAUGUUUUUUAUGAUGUCCAGCAGAUGAUGAUUGGCUCUUGUAAGCUGGAGCAGGUGGCAGUGCGAGUCCUUACCCGGGUCAUAGGACAUUACCCAAGCAGGAACCAGCUGCUGGUGGAUUGCGGCUGGGCUGCGCUCAGUCACGACGGAGGCUGCCUCCCCACAGGCUAUGCCAUCAUCGAAGGCCACCCCAACCUGAGACUGCUGUCUAUGACUCAGGAACAUGGACGGAUUGAACCAAUCUCUGGUAACCUGCAUUACGAGAAAUUCCCAAUUGGAGCCAUGCUCUCUCUCAUUCCUUACCAUGCUUGUGCUACAGCCAUGAUGCAUGCCAUAUUCUUUGUCCACUCGGAAGGGAAGGUUGUGGAGAAAUGGACACCCACUCGAGGGUGGUGAUGUCACUGAAAAAGCCCCACCCCAACUCUCAUUUCAACAUAGAAAAGCAAACUUUGCUAUGAAUGGGCACUUUCCCACUGCACCACAUAUGGUACUUCUGGUAAGGUGCUUUCGGUACUUUCGUUUUUCCAUUGACUUCCGGUCGAGUACCAAAAGUGGGUACCGUACUACUUUGAUAUUUUGGGGAAGGACUUGACACGCUUUGUUGGUUGGUUUUGCAUAUUGCCUGCUACUGAAACACAGUACAAAUGCUGCCUUGAAAACUGUUGCGAACUCAGUUUAUUUUCUAAGUAAAAAAAAAAAAAAAGGAUUUGGUCAUAAGAACAUAUACAUCAAAAA